GUAUAUGGGAGUUCCAGAUCAUCCCACCCUGAGUCUGAGCUCCUCCACAGACAAGCCUACGCCACCCCACACCCUCUGCAGGGCUAUGCCACCAAUCACCACCCAGGGAGCUCUGGCCAAGGCGGGGCUUGGGGAGCAGCUGGACGUAGUUUGGGUCUUUCAGGGCUCUUUGACACUGGCCUGCACCAUGCCAGCCCCUCUGCCCCCGAUGCAUCUGUCAUGAAUCUGAUCUCUGCCCUGGAGUCCCGGGGUCCUCAGCCUCCACCCUCUGCCUCCUCCCUUCUCUCCCAGUUCCGCACACCAUCCUGGCAGACAGCGAUGCACACGCCUGCUCCUCCUGAACUAUUCAUCUCUGGAGCCCUUCCUGGCUCUGGAUCCUUCCCCUCCUCCUCCGCUCUCUCAGCCUAUCAGCAUCCAGCAUCCUUCUCCAGCCGUUCUUUCCCCACUGCCUCCCUUUCCCUCCAGGACACGCCCACAUUUAGUCCAACAUCCAAUGGCCUGCUCUCCCCACAUGACCCCCUACUACACAUAAAGGCUCCUUCCCAGUCUAGUCUGGGUUUUGAUAGACUCCUGUCCUCACAGGGUGCAGCUGCAGCUGCCUACAGGGGCAGCCAGGAUCCCACGGGAGCCACAUCAGCCCAGGCAUCGUCCGCCAGGCACCUGCAGUCCCACCAGUUCAACCUGCUGUCAUCACAGCUCCAGGACCAGUCCUCCCAGCUAUAUAAUGCAUCUGUCUUUUCUUCGGCCCAGCCCCAGGCUCAGUCUCAGUCGCAGUCAAAUUCGGCUCAGGAACGGGCCGUGCCCCGCCAGGACAGUGUUAUCAAGCAUUACCAGCGGCCCACUCCAGCUCAAUCACAGCUCUCAUCCUCUGCUGCCCACUCCCUUCAGCACUAUCUCAGCUGUGGAGGGGCGGGGUACCAGCAGAUAGCCACCCACCACAGACACGCUGGCCUUUCUUGCAGCCCACUGGGAGACCAGAGCCCCUCAUCUGACCACAAAGCCCCCUCUCGCACUGAACAAUAUCGGCCAAUCAUCCAGCCUCCCUAUUCGUCAUCCUCCUCUUCCUCGUCCUCGUCCUCAGCUGGCAAAGGUACGAAAAGCAGCUCCAGCAGUGGCUAUUCUUCUGCCAGUUCAGCUUCAUCAUCAAGAACUCCUCACACACCCCCUUCUGCUUCCUCUACAUCCUCUUCCUCCUCCUCUUCUUCUGCUACUUCUGGUGCUCAUCCUUCCAACUCCAUUCCCACCUCCAGCUCCAGCGCAGCCCCUUCCAGGCAGCAGCCACCCCCUCAGCCAGCUCCUCCUCCCCCAGCCCCUCAGCAGCAGCCUCCUUCCACCUCCUCCUCAGCACCCCAGUCUCUCCCCAAAUCCUGCCUCUCAGGCUACGGUUCUCCUGUACCGCCAGUGAAGACCCCCACCGCUGCUCUUACUGGUCAGACCCCACCCCAACAACAAACACAGUCAUAUUCCCCUAAUCAGCACCCUUCAUCCCACCUGUCUCAAUCCUAUGGAGGCUUCAGUUCACCACAAGCGCAAGACCUGAGCUCAGGUACUGCUGGGAAAGGAUACGGGAGUUUAGGUGGGCGAAGCCAGUCGUACUCCACUGAUAUAUAUGGAGCUGACUCUGCUUAUGGAUCACUUCCAUCUUCACUGGGUGGAGCUGGAAGCCCGUCACUAGGCUACGGAGCCCCAGGCCACUCCCCUGCUCUUUUAAGAUCAAGUGGCUCAUCAGGUAGUGGAGCAUCAGGGGGAGGAAGCAGUACUGGCACAGGAAGUGGGAACUCUGGCUCAGGAGGAGGAGCAGGAAACAGUAUGACCAAUGAGAGAGGUGGAGGAGGUAGUGGUGGUGGUUCCUAUCAUAUUCCAGACUCUAGCCCCUCCCCAUCAGGCAACUCGGGCAUCAUCCGUCCAGGGUUGCACUCCCCAGUGCCCACCUGCCCCACACAAUCUCCAGGAGGUGCAGGCUCUAAUAAAUACAUUUCCUCAGUUCUCUCCCCCACUUUCCUGGCCUCCCCACAGGGCUACCCUGACACCAGAGGCCCUAACUCCCAACCUCAGUCCUAUCAUUCCACCUCUUCUAAAACAAAGGCAGACACUUCUAUGCUUGGGGUGGGCUCACAGAGAUCACAAGAGGAAGUAGAUGAUGACGAUGAGUUCUUGAUACAGCACUUGCUGCAAGCCCAAGCAAGUCCCACUCCCCAGGCUGCUCAUCACCAUCCUCAACAACCGCCCCAACAGGCGUCCCAGCAAACUCAGUCUCAGUCCCAGCCAGUGCCCCCAACUACUGAUUCAGGCAAAGGGCUGAGCUAUGACAUGGGUAAGACCUCUGAAGAGAGGUACCACCCCCAGAGUGUCAUACGUACCCACAGUGCUACGUCAACGGCCGGAGUAGGAAAUGCAGGGUCCGGGGGGUCAAUAUCAGGGCUGGACAGCCAGCUGGAGAUGUCACUGAAGAAACAACAGCAGCAACAUCAACAACAUCACCAUCAACAGCAGCAGCAGCAGAGGAACGAGAGGUCCGUUGGAAGCAGCAGAAGCACUGGAGGGAGGGGCAGCGCUGAACAAGUGCACUCUCAUCUCCAUCACCAUGACAACCUAGGCUCGGUAGUUCACUAUGGGAGGGGUGACCCAUACUCCCAACACUCCCUUGCCCCCCAACACUCCUCACAUAGUCAACAUGUGACUUCUCACUCACAGAUGCCGUCCCACCCCCAAAUGGAGCUCCAAAAGAAGUCACAGGAGCGAGCUGACAUCCCGUAUCCUCGGAAAACACCGGAAGUCCAGCAGCAGCAUUCCCAGUCUCAAGCUGCAGCCUCCCUCAUGGACUCUCCCACCGAUCAGUCCCGUCAGCCACCGCACCUGCUCCAGUCGGUGCUGUCCCACACCACCCGCAACAAACUGGAGCCUCAUCAACAGCACCACAAAAUGGACUCUCACCGGCAGCACCCGCAGCAUCACAAAAUGGACUCCCACCAACCACAUCCGCAACACCCAAAAAUGGACUCCCUCCCUCAACAUCAGCAGCAUCCGAAGAUGGACUCCCAUCAGCAUCAGCAGCACCACAAAAUUGAUUCUCACUCACAACAUCAACAGCACCAUAAAAUGGACUCUCAUGCCCAACAGCAGCACUCAAUUAGCCAACAGCAAGCUGUAAUGGAAAGCGCUGGUGGGAGACUUGGUGCAAGUAAACAUCAAGCUCAGUCUCAGUCCCAAACCACCCAGCUCCAGCUUCAACUCCAGUCCCAGGCUUUGGAAGUUGCUGCGGCUCACUACAACCACGGCCCCCCUCCUCAUCAGCACGAGCAGAGUCAGGUGAAACAAAGCACAGUGGUCUCUUCCUUGGACAUGCUGGAGCGCUCCCUCUCUCAGACGUCCAGUGCAGACGUAGCUGAAGACAGACGCGGUGGACCCGGCAGCGGCGGGAGGAGCGGAGGAAGCAGCGAGCGACACAGACAGCAGGAGCAGCAUCCGUCCCAUCACCACUCACAGCAACACUCAGCCUCAGAACUCCACUCCUUCCUCUCUGAGCCUGACAUGAGCUUAUCUGCCCCAUCUCACAUGCACCACCUCUCACAGCACCACCCUCAGCAUCAACAAACCCACUCACAUCACCCUCACUCGCAACCCCCACUCCCUCACCACAUAUCCGCAACCUCUGCCUCGGCCCACUCCCAGCCUCAGCCUGACCCACAGCAGCCGCUCUCAUCCCAGCUCACCCCUCAGCAGAGCCAGCUGGACCAGCAGCGCUCGGAGCAACACCAGUUUGACACAGUCAGCCCAGUGGAGAAAGCAGAUCAGAAUCAACAGAGUAACCGCUUUGUGCCCCUAACUUCUAUCUGCUUCCCGGAUUCCCUCCUUCAGGAUGAGGACCGCUCCUUUUUUCCAGGAAUGGAAGACAUGUUUUGCACAGAGGACUACAAGUCAAGCUGUGCAGGGGGUGGAGGUCCAGGGCAGGGAGAGAUGAAUGAAAGCCACCCUGGGCAGGAGGGAAUGGACUCCAUGAAAGCCGGACAGAGUGCGGGUGGAGCAGGGGGAGGUGGCGGAGCGGGCUAUGACAUAAUGGGUCACCAUGGUGGAGAUCAGGGUUAUGAAUCAUACUGUCAUGGCCUGGAAGAGCCCAGCAACAACACCAUGACUCUGGAUUUAGACUCCCUUAAAACCCAUGAGCUCCCCUCCACUGUCAACACUGAGCAGCUUGGACUGAUACAGUCCCAGGGCCCAGCUAUGGGUAUGGGCCCCAAUCCUGCUGGUCCCAACAAUGUUGGAGCCAAAAUGUCCGCUGGGCCUGGAGGAAGUAAUGCAGGAAGUGGUUCUGGAGGCCUCCAGUCUCCCAUUUUCUGCUCGUCUCGUCCCAAGAAGCUGCUCAAGUCCAGCUCUUUCCACCUGUUAAAGGAGCGCAGGGACCCCAACACACUGCCUAAGAAAAGUUACGCUCAAGAGUAUGAGUUUGAAGAUGAUGAGGAUAAAGCUGAUCAGCCAGCUGACAUACGCUUAAACAGCCGGAGGCUCCCGGACCUGUUACCAGACCUGGUGUCUAGUUGCAGAAAGGGAGGAGGAAGUGGCUCUCUCAGCCCUUUAAUGGGUGACAUUGACUUCUACCACCCCUCUGGAUACACAUCUAUGGGUUCACACUCUCUUAUGCCUCAGGAUGGACCGAAGAAGCGGGGCCGAAAGCCUACUAGACCCAAGAGAGAGGGUCCCCCUAGGCCAAGAGGCAGGCCUCGCAUCCGCCCGAUGCCUGAGCCAUACACUCCGAGAGGGAUGAUGGGGGAGAUGGGUGGAACAACAGUGGGAGGAGGAUUCAGCGUGGAGGGAAGAGGCAGAGGCAGGGGUCGUGGAAGCAGAGGUAGAGGAGGAAGGAGGGAGGACAUGUACAUGGAAAUGAGUGGGAAGGAGCAGGAUCAGAUGCAUCACCAUCACCUACAUCAGCAGCAGCAGCUCCAUCACCAGCCCCAACAGCAGCAACACGAACCUAUUCCUCCUCUGAAGAUAAAAUUACCUAUCGGUACCCUGUCCUCCUCCGAUGCCUUGCUGAGGACAGACUCUUUGUCUGGCACGGACCCAGCUCUGUCUGAUGGCUCUGUGGGCUCAGCUCCCUCACUUGGUCUAAGUCCUGGACCCCCCUGCAGCACAGAAAGCACCAGAAGUCAGGACAAGAACAAACAGAAAAUACAGAUGAUGGGUGAAGGGGUCGAUGAUGAUGGGAUGGAGGAAAGGGGCGAUGAUAAGGACUCUGAGUCCAAGGCUGGCUUCGUUGCUUCAUUCUUGGACUUCCUCAAGACGGGGAAGAGACCUCCAGGCUUGGACAUCUCACCAGGAAUGGAGCAUGACAAUGGGGAAACCUCACCGUGUAAACCAGGGGGUCUGCGCCCACUGUCUCCUGCACCUCCUCCUCCACCCCCGCCACCUCCAUUUGGGGAUGGCGAAGGGAAUGGUGGUCUGGCCCUGGGCAACUGCCCCAGCCCCAAGCGCUUGGAAGAUGAGCUAAAGAGGAACCUGGAGACCCUGCCCUCAUUCUCUUCUGAUGAGGAAGACUCAGUGGGAAAGAACCAGGACCUCCAGAAGAGCAUCUCCUCGGCCAUUUCUGCUCUGUAUGACACUCCUCAGCUCACCUCGAACAUCCAGCCCCAACUCCCUCCUCCUCCACCUCCCCAGCCUCAGUCUCAAUCCACCCAGGGCCCUCUCACUCCCACACUGCCACCCCCCACGCUCAGCCCACAGCCCACCAUGCAUACUCCCCACAACCAGCCCCAAUCUGAUGAACCUGAUGAUCUCCAGCCCGAAGAUGGAGACAUGGAGGAGGUGAACAAGGAGGAGGAGAUUGAGGAGGAAAGAAGCACAGGAGGGGACGAAGAGAAUGAUAUGACAGAAGAGAGUGAACCACAGCUGGAAACCCUGGGUGCACCUAAGCAUGAUG